CUAGCUUCUUCCAAAACGAAUGAAAGAGUGUGUAGAGACCAUAGAGUUGAAGAAAUCAUAGGCAUAUGGUUCCUUCCUUAGGGCUUGGGAAUGCAAGAGACCUCACAAAGUGUGUUUAGCUGAAGAGAUGAAAGGAGAGGGGGAACGCUGCACAGGAUUAACAUGUAGGUGAUUUGCAAAAGAUGAGAAUUAAGUAAAGGAGACUUAGAAGGAAUUCGGUGGUAGAAGAAUAAGGAGAGGGGGACAUAGUAGAGCCCAGGGGUGAAGCAAAUUUUAGGAAAGGUUAAGUGGUCAGUGGUGUCAAAUACCUUAGGACAAAGGCCAAAAACUGAAGAUAAGAACUGAAGAGUGACGCAGGUGCAGCAGAGAAGCAAGAUGGUGGCCCCCAUGGAUCUGGAGUUGAAGAAGGCCUUCACAGAGCUUCAAGCCAAAGUUAUUGACACUCAACAGAAGGUGAAACUUGCAGACGUACAGAUUGAACAGCUGAACAGAACGAAAAAGCAUGCACAUCUUACAGAUACAGAGAUUAGGACUUUGGUAGAUGAGACUAACAUGUAUGAAGGUGUAGGAAGAAUGUUUAUUCUUCAAUCCAAGGAGGCAAUUCAUAAUCAGCUGUUAGAGAAACAGAAGAUAGCAGAAGAAAAAAUUAAAGAAUUGGAACAGAAAAAAUCUUAUCUGGAGCGGAGUGUGAAGGAAGCAGAGAGCAAUAUCCACGAGACGCUGAUGGCGCGAAGGGCACAGUAGGCAGCCUCUCAGGAACCUCUUCUUUCUGAUCCCUGCCAUUCCUGGCGAGGAGCCUGUGUAGGGAUACUGCUCUGCCUGAGGGACAUUUUAUCUGAAUGGUCU